GGUAUUCGGGCUGUAGCUGGUGUUAUGCGACUGGAGUUUAUGAUAGUUUUGCUGUUAGAUACCCAAUCACUCAACAAGCUUCACUACUGCGGACAAAAGAUAGCCAUACUAAAGAUGUCGAAGAAGUUGAAAAAUUGCGGAAACUAAUAAACGGAGUCAAAGGUAAUUGUGCAAUGCGAAAACUAAAUCAUUUCGAUUGUGUAUGGGGUUUUCCUUUAGAUUAAAUGCACGGCAUUCUAUUGGUAGUGGCACGACAACUUUGGGCAUUGUGGAGUAAGCCAGGGACUGAGUAUUAUUUAAAGCCCGAACAACGAAAAAAAAUUGCAGCUCGUCAGCUAAACAUUAAAAGACCACAAGAAAUUCAUCGACUUGUAAGAACUAUUGACCACACAGCAAAGUGGAAAGCUUCGGAAUGGGAGUCGUGGUUAUUAUUUGAUAGCGUCCCGUGUUUAUCUGGUAUUCUCAAUGAAAAAUGUUUUCAGUCAUAUUUCUUAUUAGUGUCAAGCAUUUAUGUCUUAAUGACUGACAAUAUAAGAGAAAGGGACCUUAUAAUAUGUGAAAUAAAUAUUCAAUUUGUACGUGAUUGUCAAAUAAUUUAUGGUGUUAGUUCAAUGACAUUUAAUUUACAUUCGUUGUUUCAUCUAGUAGAAUCUGUCAAACAAAGUGAACCGUUGUGGUCAACUUCGGCUUUUCUUUUUGAAAGCAUGAUUUUCCUUAUUAAACAUUACAUUACUGGAGUCAGUGGUGUAUCAAAUCAAAUAGUAAACUCAGUACUAAAAGAAAAAAAUAUUCGAUGUAACAUUGACUACAAUACUGAAUCCGAGACAUGUCGUAAAUAUUGUAAGGAUUUAUUUAAGCCGCAUCAACUAAAAAUUUGCACCCGAAGUGAUAACCAUGCUUUUCUGAUCGGCGAUGAAGAAUCACCUAACGAUAAACUGGUUGUGUUGAUCAGUAAAUAUUUCGACGAUAUUUCUUCAGUUAAAGUCUUCGACAGAUGCAUUUAUAAUAAAAUGGUACUUCGUAGCACGGCUUACAAUCGUCCGAAGAAAACAAAUGACACAGUAGUCCAGUUAGAUUCAAAAAAGUUUAAACUUAUCAACGGUUUUUUUUCUCAUAACAAUACCUGUUAUCUUUUUGGUAAUCAGAUAUUAACUGCUCCAACAAGUUUUCAGUCAAACACGCAAUUAUUCCAUAUCAUACAAGCAGUAAAUGUAGAAGGAGAAAUUAUAAUCAUCAAUAUUGAAGCUAUUUUAAAGAAAGUCAUUUUUUUUUCAACAGGAGCCAAUAAUUAUAUUUCUCUGUUUCCGAAAAAUAUUUAUGUUUUACUGAUAUAA